UAGCUGUUACAUAAGCCCUUCACUCUGUCCGUCGUCUGUGAGUUUGAACUUGAAGUUCCAACCAUCGCGGGUCGUUGUUUUGCAGUGCGUGUAGGAUAGUUAAGGAAAUGGAGGACAUAGAGGAUUUGCUAGUUGGGAGCGGAGGUGGAGCUCCUCCGGGUUUUCGUUUGCCCAUAACAGCCGUCGGAUUGAACCCAAAGAAGAACAAGAACAAGAACAAACCCAAUCCCAAUGGCAAUAGCAAUAAGCUAUCUCAAAUCCAAGACCCCCUUGCUCCUCUCUCACCCAAAAUCCCUGGAACUCAGACUAUAUAUAUCAAGACAUUUGGGUGCUCACACAACCAGGUUGAAAGUAGCUCAGGAACUGCUAACACUAUGGCAAACACAAUGAUGCAAAAAUUCUGGGAUUCAGCACUUGCUCUGGAGCCACCUGAUGAUUGUGAUACUCAAAGUGAAUUGUCUGCACUAAUGGCUUCUGAUGGGACAGAUGGAAAGUUCCCUUAUCCUUCUCUUGGUCUUGGAAAUUCAUUUGUGUUCAAGUUUGAAGAUCUCAGGGGUCGAAUGCAUCGGAUCAAUUGUGGCAUGGAAAAUUUAGAUGAGCUGUUAUCUGCUGUCAUGCAAAGGAUUGGUGCUACUAAUGAUCAUGAUCGUCCUCAUAUAUUGUUUGAAGAUGAUGAAGGUGAUAGAGUUCUACUUGCAACUGAUGAUGAUCUUGUUAGUGCAGUCAGCCAUGCACGAGUAGUGGGACUGAAGAUACUACAAACGUUGCUUCUUUGCUUUUAUUUUAUUUCUAACACAUUUGUUUUUUAUUUUUGCAAGAAAAAGAAAUGGAAAAAAUAAAAUAAAAUAAUUUGGCUUCCGGCAAUGUGUAGAAUUCAAUUCAA